AUGUCAACACCACUAAAACUCCUCUUCCUCCACGGCUACACGCAGUCCGGCCCGCUCUUCCACGCAAAGACCAAAGCGCUCGAGAAGCUCCUCCUCAAGUCGCUCCCCGCCGGCACAACACUCUCCUUCCCAACCGCGCCACACCUUCUCAAGCUCUCCGAUCUCCCCGGGCACACUCCCGCCGCCAGCGCUGGUAACGAGGGCGGCGCGGAGGAGGAGGAGCAGAGCGCCGACAACUGGGCGUGGUGGCGGCGCAACGAUGCGACGGGGGAGUACACGGGGCUUAACGAGACAUGGGCGUUCCUGGGUAAGCUGCUGGACAGCGAGGGCCCCUUCGACGGCUGCAUCGGCUUCUCCCAAGGCGGCGCCCUCACCUCCCUCCUCACCUCCCUCCUCGAGCCCGCGCACGCCCCCUCCCGGCCCGCAUCCUUCACAACCACACACCCGCCCUUCCGCUUCAGCAUCGUCUACAGCGGCUUCCGCGCGCCCAGCCCGCACUACGACUACUUCUACACGCCCAAGAUCGCCACGCCGACGCUGCACUUUAUCGGCUCCCUCGACACCGUCGUCGACGAGUCGCGCAGUCUUGCGCUCGUCCACGAGCAUGCGGGCGAGCCGAGAGUCGUCUAUCAUCCCGGCGGACACUAUCUGCCCGCCGGGAAGCAGUUUGCGAAUGUUGUUGUGGGCUUUGUGAGGGAGCAUGCGAAGCCGGUGGUGGGCGUGGAGGAGGAGGGGGUGGAGGAUAUGGAUGUGCCGUUUUGA